AAGCGGCGAUACCGCGUGCAGCACGUGGUGUCUGAACAGUCAGAGGCCGGCUGACGAGAUCCGUGGAGUCGCAGGGUCUCUCAGUCUCAACUCGGUCGCCCUCCGGCUCUGGCUCGCUUCUCGUCCUCUCGUCGGUUUUUCUCAGUCUUCUCCGUCGUGUCUUCGCGACGGUCUCCUGCUCGGCGGAUGCACCGAGUGCUUUAAAGAAGCGUGCCUCGCGCCCCGCACGCGUGCCCCAGGAGUUACGAAUCGCGUGUGGAUCCAAUUCGCGACACGGUUUUGUCAGAGUCUUUGGUUUGACAUACGCCAGGAGAAACGGAGACUAAGUAACGACUUUGAUGACCGAUUCGCACCCGAGGACGUCCAGCUGGGAGCACCGCGACUCCACGGGGUCGAAAUCCGUCGCGACGGCGUGCGUCGCUUGACCUAAGCACCUGCACAGAUCGGGGACGACAUCGGAGGGAGAAAAAUGUCGUGUGCAAACCGUUUCCCCUCCUCUCAACACACGAGGUACCGCAGCAGCUGGGGUCCGACCUCGACCACCAUCUUCAACCGGGCCGACGUGCCGAGACCGUCGGCCGAAGAGGAGGAAUUUGCCGACAUUUAUCACGAGCGCCUUCACUACGUUCAGGGUCGGCAGCUGAUCCCGCUGCAGGAGGAUCUCGCCGAUUGGAUAAACAAGACGAUCAAUGUCGACCACAUAACGGGUGAGAAUUUUUUCGAUGCACUUGACAACGGCGUGAUGGUGUGUCGUUUGGCAAGAGUGAUUCAGGAAAAAGCGAGAUCCGCAGUUGAUUCCGGUAGAGUCAAGGGGCCAGUUCCAGUGAUAAGAGGCCGUUGCUGGGAGAACGCUGCGAGGCGGAGUUUCUUUUCGCGAGACAACAUGGAGAACUUCAUCCAAUUCUGCCGGCGUCUCGGGGUGCACGAGAACCUCCUCUUCGAGAGCGACGACCUCGUUCUCCACGGACAGCCACGUAACGUCGUUCUCUGCCUCCUGGAGGUCGCGAGGUUGGCCUCCAGGUACGCCCUGGAACCUCCCGGCAUCGUUCAGCUCGAGCGGGAAAUUGCCGCUGAACAAGAACGGGACCUUCACUGCCUCUCUGACAGCGGGAUAUCCCAUAGCAGUCUCGUCUCUUGGCAGUACCAGUCGCCAUCCCCCGCCCCCUCGCCCAGACCGCCGGUCGAAACCAUCAAACACAGCAGCUCGGCGUCCGAGGUCACAGCAGCGGCCGCGAGAUGGCUCGACCCCAAUCCCGUCCCACCCCCGUCGGACAUGCGGAGAUCCGUCAGCGACAACGGACCCACCGGAAGUGACGGCGUUCCGAGCGAUACUACCGAGGACGACUGGUCUCGGGGCAGCGCCGAGGACCCUGACGAGGUCCCAUCCCCCUCCAUUUCACCGUCCCCAACCCCCGCCGAACCGCCUGAACAUUCGGGUCCGAUCACGGAGCUAGAUCGCAAGGUGCGGCGGGCAGCCGAAGCCGUCCAAAGACUCUGCCAAUGUCCGUCCAGCAAAUGUUCCAAACUGAAGGUUCGGAAGGUCGGGGAAGGACGGUAUCACAUCGCCGGUCGAAACGUCUUCAUCAGGCUCCUGAAGGGGAGGCACAUGAUGGUGCGAGUCGGGGGCGGCUGGGACACCCUGGAACAUUUUCUUACGAGGCACGACCCUUGCCAGAAAAACAAGAGCACUGCACUGUGCAGCAAAGGGAUAUCAAAGCAAAGAAAUCCUGCGAGACAAGUUAUGUCGGCACGUUGAAGCUCGAGUCGACGAAUUGCAGUGCGGUAAUGAUCUGUAGUUAAUAAUAAUUAACUGCAUCGCAAAAUCUGAUGCGAUUAUAGAGAUUAUCAGUAACUAUAUAUUUAUAAUUAUUAGCUAGUUGCUGCUCUCCGGAUCUUCACCUGUAUUAUUAAUUAUUGAUUAUUAAUUAUCAAUUAUCAAUUAACGAUAGUGAAAAACUACGUUUGCACUUUGGCUAAAAGUCAACCGACUCAUCGGAGGUAUGAUGAAAAACGUAUGGUUUUCGCAUUGCGAACGUACGUGCAAUUUACCUAGAACUAUAAUAGAUCUUAUUGCCAUAAUAUGAAUUCUAAGAUUAUUAAUUAUAUAUACGCAUUAAUUUAUGAAGUUUACACAAUUGUACUCGUAACGCUUUGUACAAUGUUUACUCGUUCCUAAGUUCUUCCGCGCUAAGAGUUAUGAAAAAUGAAUAAAAACUCGCUCGUUUGUAGAUGUGUAUAAUUCAAGCUUAUAUCAAUGACGUAGUUGGAAUUUUUUUUUUCUUGCGGUAAUGAGAAAUCUGAUUAUCAAUUAUAAUGUUAUAGCUA